AAGAGAUAUUUUCCUAAAAGAUAUAGCAGGCCAAGAUAUCGAAUCGACGAACACGUGAAUCUAUAAGUUUUACAUCUCCAGCAUCAUACUUUCGAAAAUUUGUAACCCACCGAGCUGUUCCUUCGAAAGUGGGAAGGAUUAAACGCGAAGGAUAUCGAAACACGAUUCGCAGUCAGCUGCAGAAUCAACGAAGGGAUCGAAGUGAAAGUGACAAUUAGCAAAGGUGAAUUGUGCCAGCCUUUUAUGAUUCCAUGGUGGGAUCUGGCCACGUUUGAGUUACUCGCAGGAGGUCGAGUGGUGCAGUUCCCUUCCAGUCAUUCUACCUCCAACACGAUCAUUUUUAAUUUUACGUCUUUUUCUUAUUAAUUUAAUCGUAGAGCGCAAGAGGAGCGUCAAAAGAUGAACAUGAGCUUGAUCAAGAGGAACGUGGCGUUUGGUACAUUGAUCGUGCUUUCUUCGGUGUUCGUCGCGUACAGUUUCCCUGACGGUGCACCGGUGGAUACUUGCGUGAAGCCAUCGAAAGCCAACGAACCUAAUCAUGGCCAAGCGAAGUCGCAAUCCGUACAAUCGAGUCCUUACGCUUUUACCGCCUCGUCGUCGCAAUACGGCCCUGGAUCUCAGAUCACUGUGACCAUCAGCGGCUCGUCGUUCAAGGGAUUCUUCCUGCAGGCACGUGACCCCGAUACAGACAACUGGAUUGGUUCCUGGGCGCAAACCGACAACACGAAUACCCACCCCGAAUGCAGUGCCGUGACACACGCCGAUCCUUACGUGAAACAGCACGCCACUCUUAUCUGGAAUGCACCACCGAACGCCCGUGGACGCGUGUACUUCACAGGCACCAUUUUGAAGGAAUACGCGACUUACUGGUCCAAUCUGGUAGCCACAACGAAGAAUUGAAGAUCUCUGUUAAUUUCUAAGUCCAAAAGUACUCUACUCUGGAACUAAUAAUCGUAUUCGAUUUUUCGAAAGAUUUUGCUUUUGCGUUGAAAGCAUAGUGAUUCAUAAAUGAACAGAGGGAAGUGGUGACAUCGGAACGCCCGAGAACAUCGUAAAAUACGAAGAAACGUGUAUUUUGUGCUAUCUUGUAUAUUGUAUAUUGAUCUAUUUUAUUGUAAGAAAGAAAGAACGAUUUUAAAUAUAAAAUCACAAAAAUUCACAGACUUUCUAUAUCCUAGCUAUAUUAAUCUAUUU